AGGUGAUAAGGGUGAGAGGAGGGGGUAACGAACAAGUCGAGGCAGGAGUGCUCGCUUGGAUUUUGCCGUGACCCUAACGUUUGACAAGCCCGUCCCUUGGACGGCCGGGGAAAAGGUGCCGAGAUGGGAUCCCACUGGAAAGAUAAAGACGUGCUUGAAGAGAGGGCCUAUUUCAGAACCGUGACUGAACCUGCGACUCUCUCCAUAGACAAUGUACAGGAAACGGACGAAGCUAUUUACAAGUGUCGAGUCGAUUUCAAGACCUCACCUACGAGAAAUUACAAGCUCAACUUAACCGUUAUCGUUCCUCCCCAGAAGCCGACGAUAUUCGACGACAGGGGAAAAGAAGUGCCAUCCGUUGCUGGCCCGUACGAAGAGGGAUCGGAGCUGAAGCUGACUUGUAUAGUUUCAGGAGGUCGACCUCCUCCAAGGGUCAAAUGGUGGAGAGACGACAAGAUCGUCGAUUCUACGGACACAACAACAGGGUUUCCAAAUGUAAAAAACAAUCAGCUGGUUGUUAGUAGUUUAGAAAGAAGUCAUCUUCAUUCCAUAUACUCUUGUCAAGCGUCAAAUAACAACAUCAGCCUUCCUGUAUCUGCCAAAGUUACUAUCGAUAUGUACUUAAAACCCAUGUCUGUCACUAUGAUGACCCCGUACCAGCCUUUGUCUGCCGAUAGGGAGUACACUCUCGAAUGCCAAAGUGUGGGUUCAAGACCUUCAGCCAAAAUAUCCUGGUGGAGGGAUAACAAGAAACUAGUCAGCACAUCGGAAGCGGUGUCUGAGGGGGGUAACAUAACGUCUUCGACGUUAAAAUUCAGACCGAUUAUCAGCGACAACGGCGGAAGGCUCAUUUGUAGAGCAGAUAAUCCUUACGUUACCGCUGGGGCGCUGGAGGACACUUGGAAACUUGAUGUUUCGUAUGUGCCUCAGAUUAAACUUGAAUUCGGGUCGAAAUUGGACCCGGGAGGAAUUGAAGAAGGGAACGAUGUUUAUUUUGAAUGCAAAAUCGAUGCAAACCCUAGAGCUUAUAAAGUGAUUUGGAAGCAUAACAAUCACAUCGUGCAAGGAAAUCAAAAAGGGGGUGUGAUAAUAAGCCAUAAAGAUCUCGCUUUACAAUCGGUGAGAAAAAGCCAAUCUGGAAACUACACAUGCAUUGCUUCCAAUGUGGAAGGAGACGGAGAAAGUAACGCCGUCCAGCUCAAAGUCAUGUACAAACCUAUGUGUAAAGAGGUGCAGAAAAGCGUAAUAGGCGUUGGCAGAAGCGAAGAGGCCCGAGUGCUUUGUGAAGUCGAAGCGUUCCCGGCUCCCGAUAGAUUCCACUGGUCCUUCAACAAUUCUGCAGAAAACAUGGAAAUUUCGCCUUCGAGGUUCCAUAAUUCUCUCCAGCUGUCGCUGUCAACGCUUUCGUAUACGCCCCAGAACGAAAUGGACUAUGGUACUGUGAUGUGCUGGGCUUCCAAUUCCGCUGGCCAACAAAUAGACCCCUGUGUUUUUCACAUCAUUCCAGCUGGUCGGCCGGAUCCUCCGUAUAACUGCACUUUAAUUAACCAAACGAUGAGUUCAUUGGAAGUCGAUUGCGCUGAGGGGUACGACGGAGGCCAACAGCAGUAUUUCCAGCUGGAAGUUUACGAUUACGAUACAAAUUACUUGACGAUGAAUCAAACGGCGAGGCAGCCUGCUUUCACCGUCAACGGACUUCUGCCAGGAGCUAUAUUAAAACUCAAGAUUUACGCCUUCAACAACAAAGGAAGGAGUGACGUCGUCUUACUUGAAGGAUUCACGCUGAAAAUCGCUGAAAAACAAACAGGGCCUCCUGUCCCCUUUGCCGUAACACCGAUAGUAGUUGUUCUGGUCGUAACGACGGUCGUCCUUGUGACUUGUGCUAUCGUAGUUUUUGGUGUGCUAAAACUCAGAAACUCUUCCACUGGCACAUCGAACGGAAACGGUCUCACGGUCAAAAAGAAGCCAAAAGUCACUCUGAGAGCGGACGUCCGAGAAGUCCUAGACUCCGAAGACCCUAAUCCGGAUGUCAUCCCUUGCAACAAAGAUUCGGAUUACCAACUUGUUUUCAAUGGCUCUACAAAAGAAGGAUUGAUGGAACUGCACAAGGAUCGCAACACUACUUUGUAUGUUUCGCUCCAACCAAAAGGCAACUCUCAAAAUGGAGACAUGUGCACCCACUUUAAAACUAAGGGAAUCAAGGGGAACGAUUUGUCAUUCGACGAAGGCCGCGUCGGUUUGAGAACGGAAAUGAGGUCCAAAUCCGGAGAGGGUCCGAUUUGUUACUCGACGAUGGAGGAAAACGUUCAGCCGACGUCUGGGAAAGCUAUUCCUACUCAUAGAGAAGUCAUAUCAGUAAGGACGCCGCUGAUGGGCAGCCAGCAGGAAAGUUGCGUUUAAAACUGGCUUCGACCAAGGAAAUUAUUAAGACUCAUUAUUCUAUUCUAUGUCCAGUUAAUCGAAACCAGGCAAGUAUUGAUGUUAGCUCUUUCUGUGCCCUAUAAACAGACUUCGACAAGUUCUUUAAUUGUGCAUCGUUUUUAAAUUAGUCGCAACUUUGUGUUAUUCAAAGACCCUUGACAUGACGUAUCUUUAAAAGUAUUUAAACAAAAAUAUAAUAAAACAAUUUAAAAAAAAAACUGUUCUAUUGCAAAUUUGUAUGUACUACAUUUUUAGUAUGUACCGAUGCAAUAAGUAGGUGACAAUUUCGUUUGUGUAAAUUUUAUUGGUUACACAUUUCUAUGUACUUGAUAUGUUGUAAAUAUAAUAUGUGAUGUUAAAUAAAGGUAUAUUUU